AUGGCAUCAGCACCGCAAGCCGUCCCAGGCGCCAUCCCAGGCGCCAUCCCCACCACCGGAAGAGACUCGACCAAGAGGCCUCCGACGGCGACGACAGUCGGGUCUGCCGCCGCGACCGCCCCGCCGCAGACGGAUACCGCAGCCGUGACAGGCGGCGAGGGGGUCGACCCGCUGGAAAUCGAGUUCGACGGCUCGGUCGACAGCAACCACGAGCUGCCCAGUCCGGAAACCAUCCGCAAGAUCGACAACUACGUCGUGCUGGACAAGGACGGCAAGUCCCACACCUUCCGCAGCCUCUACACGGGUCGGCACACAGCGCGCCGCGUGCUGAUUAUAUUCAUCCGGCACUUCUUCUGCGGGAACUGCCAAGAAUACCUCCGCGCCCUCUCGGCCUCUAGCAUCACGCCGUCCUCACUCCUAGCCCUACCGCUAUCCACCUUCAUCUGCGUGGUCGGCUGCGGCGACCCGGGGCUGAUCGACAUGUACGCGGCCGCGACCAGCUGCCCGUUCCCCAUCUACGCCGACCCGACGCGCAGGCUGUACGCCGAGCUGGGCAUGGUGCGCUCCCUGGCGCUGGGCCAGCGGCCCGCCUACAUGAAGAAGCACCUCGUCAAGAGCAGCCUGGAGUCCAUCGCCCAGGGCCUGAAGCAGAUCCCCAGGGGCUUGGCGCUGAAGGGCGGCGAUAGCAAGCAGAUUGGCGGGGAGUUCUUGUUUGAGCCUGUUGCUAUGGUCACAAGUAAUAAUAGUAGGAGUGGUGGUGGUAGUAGUGGUUGUGGUAGUAGUGGUGGUGGUGUUAGUGGUACGAAUAAAGGCGGGGAGGGGGGACUUUCACUUGGGGGGGAAGAUGAUGAUGAUGGAGUAAGUCCCCCGCGGGCAUGGGAAGAACAGAAGAAACAACAGGGAGAGGACGCCUCGAACCUGACGACGCGCAAGAGGAUAUCGGAGACCAGCCUGGACGGGAAGGGCGAGCCGGGCAGCGAGGGGGAGGACAAGGUGGUGACAUGGUGCCACCGGAUGAAGACGACGCGGGACCAUGUCGAGAUCCCCGAGCUGAUGGAGGUGCUGGGGCUGGAUGGCCACGGGCGGCCGCUCACGGGGGAUCGGGAGAGGUGGGAGCGGGCUUUGAAGGAGCGGAAGGGGACGGGCACGAGCUUGGCGCCGCAGAUCCGGGAGAUGAAUGCUAAGGCUGAGGUGGCCUAG